GGACAACUCCUCCCUGUUCUGUGUUGCCUCCAUCUCUUUCAGCUUAAUCCAGACACUACUUCCCACACCUUCCCCUUCUUUAUACACUUGAACGCUCACAUAGUGAACUUUGAUCCAACCUCAAGAUGCCCAUCCAUACACAACUUCCAGAAGACUUCAAUGACGUGGAUGUGGUCGUAGUCGGAGGAGGCACGACGGGAUGUACAGUCUCUGCACGAUUGGCGGAAGCUGAUCCCAAGCUACGCAUUCUAGUCAUCGAGCAGGGUAUGAACAAUCACAAUCGGCCCGAGGUCGUUCACCCUGCGCUGUUUCCCUCGAACAUUCUCACCGAUAGCAAGACGGCAUUGUUCUGGAAGGGAAACAAGUCGGAGAAAUUGGCGAACCGCGAGCCGAUCGUACCCUCCGGAGGCAUAUUGGGUGGUGGCUCAUCCAUCAACUGGAUGGUGUACACUCGAGCCCAAAGAGAUGAUCUCGAUUCCUGGAAGACACCCGGAUGGUCCGCCAAUGACUUGUAUCCAUUUUUGAAGAAGUUUGAAACAUAUCACGGCCAGGGCGAAAAGGAACACCACGGCCACGAUGGGCCCAUCCAUGUGUCCAGCGGCACAUUCCGUGCUAAAGCAGCUGAGAAUGAUUUCAUUGAGGCUGCCGCUAAAAUGGGCUAUAACGAGCUGAAGGACCUUCAGAACCUUGACACAAACAACGGAACAGAACGCUGGCUACGCUACGUCAGUCCGGACGGGAAACGCCAGGAUGCUGCCCAUAGAUACCUCCACCCUAAACUGGAGAGUGGUGACUAUCCCAAUUUACAUGUCCUCGUGCAGAACCAGGUUGUCCGUGUCUUGUUCAACGAAGAGAAGCGAGCCGUUGGGGUGGAGUACCAGGCCAAUCCCAUGUUUGAGACGGCCAGCCAAUCUACCCGUCGUACGAUGCAUGCCUCGAAGAUGGUUGUACUCUCAUCAGGUGCCAAUGCAACACCACUUAUUCUGGAACGAUCUGGAGUUGGCGACCUGGAAUAUGUCAAGCGAACUGGAGCCGAACUUGUGGAGAACUUGCCUGGUGUCGGCAAUGACUACCAAGAUCACCACUUAACCUUGUAUGCUUACCGUACCAGCCUUUCACCACGAGAGACCAUCAACUCCUUUGCGGAUGGCCGCUUCAACGUUCAAGAGAUGAUCAAGAAGAAUGAUGAGCUGUUGGGUUGGAAUUCUAUGGAUGCCUCAGGCAAGUUCCGUCCGACCGAGGCUGAGGUUGAAGCACUUGGACCGGACUUCAAGGAAGCCUGGGAUCGUGACUUCAAGAACGCUCCCAACAGGCCUUUGAUGAUUAUUGCCAUGUAUCUGAGUUUCUUUGGUGAUCACUCGACACUGCCAGGCGACGCCGAGUACGUCUCGAUGGCCAACUGGACCGCGUACCCCUAUUCGCGCGGCCACAUUCACGCCACCGGUCCUGAGCUGACUGACCCUAUUGACUUUGACGUCGGCUACCUCAAGGACGUCAAUGGAGUCGACGUGAAGAAGCAUAUCUGGGCCUACAAAACUCAACGCGAGAUGUUCCGCCACAUGGGCAUUUACCGUGGUGAGCUGGCCUCAAGCCAUCCAAAAUUCCCACCUGGAUCUAAAGCCGCCGUCGUCGAGAAGGCAGAUGGCCCUGUUCCGGACGACACCAAGCGCAUCGAGUACACUGCCGAGGACGACAAAGCUAUCGAACAGCAUGUCCGUGAGACCGUUUCCACAACAUGGCAUUCACUCGGCACUGCAAAGAUGGCGCCCAGGGAUCAGAAAGGUGUCGUCGAUGCGUCGCUGAGCGUGUAUGGGCUGAAAGGGCUCAAGAUUGCCGAUCUGAGCAUCGUGCCUGAAAACGUCGGUGCCAACACCAACAAUACAGCUUUCUUGGUCGGCGAGAAGGCUGCGGAUAUCUUCAUCAAAGAGUUGGGACUCCGUGGUAAGUCGAAGUGGUAGUCUUUCAUCAGGGUAACUAAUGGCUAUAUAGGAGCAGGAUUGACAAAUGGGUCAACAAAUGGGGCGACAAACGGGGUAACGAACGGCAUUACUAACGGAUUGACAAAUGCUGUUAAACAAAUCGCCGCAGCCCUGAACUGAUGUAUUGAAACCAUUUCUCAGCAGAACUUUUCGACAACCACCAACAAAAGCCCUCGACUCAACUCAGCUCAGGAAGGCCUGGAAUAAU